UUGUUUGCUAUCCUGCCACGUCCUACGCCACGUCCUUGUAUGUCCUGUUAAGUUGCUCUUCAGAACCUGACAAGAAGAAAAGUGGAAUAAUUCAAAGGCCUGCCAAAAACACUAGCAGCACCAUUAAGGUGAUGAGAAAUGACGCAAAAGCAGAUGACGGGAGACCCGAAACUGUCACCCGAACGAGGAAGGUCAAAAAGAGAGGAAAUAGGAAAAGAACAAAUGACACCGCCUGCACCAGCCUGGGAGGCAUCUGCCAGCCGAACCGAUUCGUCUGCCAAGGUCGAUACAUGAGAGACAAGUGUUCAGGGCCCGAGACGAGACUUUGUUGUAUGCCAGUAGGAGCUUGGAGUGUCCUAUGCGUGGGUCACUACAACAACAGAGUGAGGAGCUGUGACUUGCAUGGCUGUGGAGCUUUCAACUCCAGAGGAGGCCUGAAUAGGACGCUGGACUUGGUGUGUGCUGACUACGGUACAGUCAGUGCUCCCUUCCCAGGCUCUUUGGCUGGACCAGUGAGUCAGAAAGACCAGGCUGGUUUCCUGUAUGAUGGUGUCAAACUUUUCAACAACGUGCACUGUGUAAAGAUCUUUAACAUUCGACCUUUUCGUUACACUGGAACGGUGGCCCUGGGGGACCCGCUGGGUUACGUGCUCCCUCUACAGGAUCGCUUUGCCGGCAUCACUUCCCACCUGAAGCUGCAGAUGUGUGACGGCACUGACCCUUCACCUUUCAUUUGAAUGCCCGCAGAGACCAUCUGCUUAACCCAUACUGUAUAAGUCUUUCAUACAUUAAUCAUUUUUAGUUUUGAUUGACACUCAAAGUGUGCUGGUUCAGCUCUUUUAUUGGAUAUCAUUAUACAUACAUACUGUUCAAGUAGAUGGAUAUAUUUCUGUACAGUUUUUCUAUUACUCUCACACUAUUUGCUUGACAA